AUGCUCUGGGAAAUUGAAAUCACACCCGCUGAAGGUUCUGUUGAUCGCGAGGGAAUCUCCGCUCUAGCCGAAUGCAAACUGCGAAAUCUGAGUUCGAUUCGUUCGGUCCGAUCAGCCCGCUCUUAUCUGAUUGAGGGGACGCUUGAUGAGUCAGCUGUCAGACAGGCUGCUGACUUGCUCAGUGAUGAUGUGGUUGAAGAGAGAGUGCUGAGAAGACUCCCGCAUGAGACUGAUCCAGAGCAGCAAGGAGAGCAUCUGCUCAAUGUGCUUUAUAAACCAGGUGUGACGGACAAUGUCGGGUUGACCGCAUCCCGAGCGUUGCAGAAUCUCAAUAUCCCGUCUGAACAAGUGGCGACUUGCCGCAAGUAUUGGGUGAAUGCCGAUGCCAGUGAAGAUGAAGUGGCCCGCUUCGCUUCGCGAGUUCUUUCCAAUGAUUCCAUUGAACGAGUCCUAGAUGGUCCGUUGACGCUCACCAGUUUAGCGGUCGGUAGUGAUUAUCAAUUCGAAUUGCAACAUGUCUCAAUCCGAGAAAUGGAUGACGAUGCACUGAUGCGUCUGAGCAAGGAAGGUCAACUCUAUUUGAGCUUGCCCGAGAUGCAGACUAUCCGCUCGAAGUUUCAGGAACUUGAUAGGGACCCGACGGACAUCGAGUUAGAAACAAUCGCCCAAACCUGGAGCGAGCACUGCUCUCACAAGACUCUCGCAGGCCGUAUUGCCUAUCGCGAUGAAAAUGGUGAGAAGCGUUUCGAGAAUAUGCUCAAAGAAACAGUCUUUGCAGCGACCCAGGAGAUUCGCAAACUCCUGGGAGAGAAUGACUGGUGUGUCAGCGUUUUCAAAGAUAACGCCGGAAUUGUGACGUUCGAUGAUGAACAGGAUGUCUGCAUCAAAGUCGAGACGCAUAAUCACCCCUCUGCAUUAGAACCCUAUGGUGGGGCGAACACUGGUCUGGGGGGAGUGAUUCGUGAUCCACUCGGAACAGGGAUGGGAGCACGUCCCGUUUGCAAUACAGACGUUUUCUGUUUCGCUCCGCCUGAUACGCCGUUUGAUUCAUUGCCUCCCGGAGUUCUGCAUCCACGGACAGUCAUGCAUGGUGUCGUCGCUGGCGUCCGGGACUACGGCAAUCGCAUGGGAAUCCCCACGGUCAACGGAGCCGUCUUCUUUGAUGAACGGUACCUCGGAAAUCCGCUCGUCUACUGUGGUAACAUUGCCAUGAUUCCGCGGGGAAUGAGUGAGAAGGAAGUCAUUCCUGGGGAUUACAUUGUCGCUGUCGGCGGCAGAACUGGUCGAGAUGGAAUUCAUGGGGCGACCUUCUCCUCUGCGGAACUGACGCAUGAGAGCGAAGAGCUUUCCGGUGGUGCCGUUCAGAUUGGGAAUCCUAUCACCGAAAAAAUGGUGCACGAUGUGAUUCUUGAUGCCCGUGAUCAAGGUCUUUUCAAUGCGAUUACAGACUGUGGAGCGGGGGGCUUCAGUAGUGCGGUCGGGGAGAUGGGAGAAGAGACCGGAGCUGAGGUCUGGCUGGAGAAAGCCCCGCUGAAGUAUAGCGGUCUUUCCUACACCGAGAUCUGGAUCAGUGAAGCACAAGAACGCAUGGUGUUGGCGGUCCCGGAAGAGAAGUGGCAAGCCUUCAACGAUUUAUGUGCCAGCGAAGGUGUCGAAGCCUGUAUCCUCGGGAAGUUCACCGAUUCGAAGGAACUGGUCCUGAAAUACGAAGGCGAAGUCGUUGGGCACUUGCCGAUGUCCUUCCUGCACGAUGGUCGCCCGCCGGUCGUUCGUGAAGCGACCUAUCAGCCACAACCAGAGACUCCAACGAAUCUCUCAUCUAUUGAAUUCUCACAUGGAGAAGUUCUCAAACAGAUUAUGGCCUCGCUGAACGUCUGCUCCAAAGAGUCGAUCAUUCGACAGUAUGAUCAUGAAGUUCAGGCGGGAUCGGUGGUCAAGCCGCUGGUCGGUAUCAAGAAUGACGGGCCGUCUGAUGCCGCUGUUGUUCGACCUGAUUUGAGGAAGCCACGCGGUGGCUUGGCUGUUGCUUUGGCUGAGAUGGCUUUUGCUGGUGGCUUGGGUGUUGAUGUCAAACUGGACAGCGAAGGUGAGGCUGCGACGGUUGCGCUCUUCUCAGAGAGCAAUACGCGUUAUGUCAUUGAGGUUGAACCAGAUCAACUUGACGCGGUGCAGCAGGCCUUUGCAAAGAACGGGGCUAUAGCCCCCACACAAUUGGGGACAGUGACAUCGACGGGUCAGGCUUAUGUCGAUGCAGGAGCGACGCUGGUUGACGAUCGCAAUUCGCUGAUCCAAAGUAGUGAUGUUCUCCUGCAGGUGCGAGCUGCUGUCGCGAACCCAACGACUGGCGAUCAAGAUCUGGAUCAGCUGAAGGAAGGUCAAACACUGAUCGCCCAGUGUGAUCCACUUUCCGAUACUGGCAAGAUGCAGGAACUCGCCGGUAAGAAGCUGAACAUCUUUGCUUUGGAACUGGUACCCCGAACGACGCGUGCCCAGAGCAUGGACGUCCUUUCAUCCAUGGCAACCAUCGCGGGGUAUAAGGCUGUAUUGCUGGCUGCAAAUCAUUCUCCACAGAUGUUCCCAAUGAUGAUGACAGCUGCGGGAACGCUGACUCCGGCUCGCGUCUUCGUUCUGGGAGCGGGAGUGGCGGGGCUACAGGCCAUCGCAACAGCGAAACGUUUAGGUGCCGUGGUGAGUGCCUAUGACGUUCGUUCAGCAGUCAAAGAACAGGUGGAAAGUCUCGGUGGGAAAUUCGUUGAGAUGGACCUGGACACUGCUGAAGGGCAGGGUGGUUACGCUCGUGAGAUGGAUGAAGAGUUCUACCGCAAACAGCGAGAACUGAUGCUGAAAGUGAUCGCUGACAGUGAUGUCAUCAUCACCACAGCUGCCAUUCCGGGGAAGAAAGCUCCGAUUCUGGUGACGAAAGAGAUGGUCGAAGCGAUGCCUGCUGGAGGAGUGAUCGUCGAUCUGGCUGCCGAACGUGGUGGCAACUGUGAAUUAACAAAGUCUGGCGAAACCAUCGAAGUUCAUGACGUCACGAUCCUGGGACCGGAGAAUGUUCCUUCAGACAUUCCACGUCACGCCAGCCAGAUGUAUUCCAAUAAUAUCACGACGUUUCUGAAGCUGCUCAUCAAAGAUGGUGAGGUCAACCUUGAUCUGGAAGACGAUAUCAUCGCGGGAACGUUAGUGACGCAUCAGGGUGAAAUGAUUCAUCCAUUGUGUCGCAAAAUCGCAGGACUGCCGGAAUUGGCUGCACCAUCUGAAGAGAGCGCAGCAGCGGAUGAGUCAGUCGUCAGCUUUAUCUGGAUCAUCAUUGGUGUCCUCAUCGGUGCCGGCAUUGGUGUCUAUUUUGCCGUGACCAUUAAGAUGGAACGGAUGCCGGAGAUGGUCGCCCUGUUCAACGGGUUUGGAGGGGCGGCUUCUGUCUUUGUGGCUGGGGGGGACUUGUGGUUGCGUCGAGCUAAUGAAUCUUUCAUUUCGACAGACAUGAUCAUUUCAGUUGCCUUGGCCGGGAUCAUUGGGGCGGUGACAUUGACGGGUUCACUCGUUGCCUUUGCCAAGCUGGCUGAGCUUUCCUUUGUGAAGAAAUUGAAGCCUCUCCCUUCUCAACAAAUUAUCAAUGCUGCUUUGGCGCUCGUUGUUCUGCUCUUGACUGUCGUGCUCGUCAAUAACCCUGGCUCGGGUUGGUACUGGUUGAUCGUCUUUGUCGCCUUUGGACUUGGUUAUCUACUGACCAUUUCAAUCGGUGGAGCAGACAUGCCGGUGGUGAUUGCUCUGCUCAACUCCUAUUCAGGGCUGGCAGCAGCUGCGACCGGUUUCGUCCUACAAAACAAUGUCCUGAUUAUUUCUGGUUCGCUGGUAGGGGCCUCCGGAUUGAUUCUGACCAAGGUGAUGUGCGAUGCGAUGAACCGCUCACUGCCUGCGGUCCUCUUUGGAAGUCUGGGGCCAGCUGCCGAUGGUCCUUCCGCUGAUGAAGUCUACACCAACGUCAAAUCGACCUCUGCUGAGGAGGUCGCGAUGUUAAUGGAGGUCGCCAGUUCGGUGGUGAUUGUCCCCGGCUAUGGAAUGGCGGUCGCUCAGGCACAACACGCUGUCCGUGAUUUGACGAACUUACUGAGAGAUCAAGGGAUCAAAGUCACCUUCGGCAUUCAUCCGGUCGCUGGCCGUAUGCCGGGGCAUAUGAAUGUGCUGCUGGCAGAAGCGGAUAUUCCCUAUGACUUGCUGAAAGAGAUGGACGAAACCAACUCGGAGAUUGAACAAACGGAUGUCUGCCUGGUGAUCGGAGCGAACGAUACGGUGAACCCGGAUGCCCGGACCAAUCCCAACAGUCCGAUUGCCGGGAUGCCGAUCAUUAAUGCGGAUAAGGCCAAGACCUGUAUCAUCAUCAAGCGAAGUUUGAGCCCCGGUUUUGCCGGGAUUCCCAACCCGCUCUUUUCCGCAGACAACGCCUUGAUGCUGUUUGCCGAUGGAAAGCAGGCGGUCACGGAUAUCAUCACCGCGAUCAAAGAAGGCUGA